AUGGCCUCUCACGCUGAUCUUGACCCUCACACCAACCCCGCGCCCGGCUCACUGAAACAAGUCUACGCGACGUCAUCACCGUUCGAGGAAAAGAUUGGCUAUUACCGAGCUGUCCGGCAUGGACGACAAAUCUUCGUUUCUGGCACUACAGCCGUCGACCCCGCGUCCCCAAGCGAUGCCCCUCAGAUUCUCUUCCCUGGGGACGCCCGUCAGCAGACACGUGUGGCUCUGCAAGAAUGCAUUCGGGCAGUCCAAGCCCUGGGCGGUAAAGGAGCGGAGAAUGUGGUGCGUGUGAGGAUGUUUGUCAGUCGACACAAAGAUUGUGUAGCUGUUGGAGAAGGGUACACUGAGGUACUGGGGCGUGCAAGCCAGCCAGGGGUGGGCGCAGCUGCAACGAUGGUUGUAGUGAACGGAUUCGUGGAUGAGAGGAUUUCCAAAUAA